AGCGUAGUUGUGUUCGUGUACGGGAAGGCACAGCAGAGAACAGCACACGCUUACAGUUACUUGAUAACAAAGAUUGCGAUCUUCAAUGCGCUCUUUUGCAUUACAUUGCAUUCCAACUAUUACUACUACUAGACUCACCACACCACUACAUCUCUUUCUUUCUGGAUCCAAUUCGUUUCCUUCCAGCCAUAACACAAACACCCAACCCCUUUUUCCCUUUCAAUUUUCAAUAUUUCUAUUUCAUUUCAUCUCAUCACGGAUCUAUCAUUUCCCCCAAACACAUUACCUGCAUUGCAUCAUCCUUUCAUCUUAUGGGUUGCAUAUGCUCCAAAGGAAAAUCCACUCAUGAUUUCGUCGUCCAAAAUCCCAGAGAAUUCAAGACUAAGAAAUCAUCAAAGCGUGUCGUUGUCACUAAUAGGGAAAACGAUGCAACUGCACACCUCAUCUCAAACACGUGUCGCGAUUCAUCCGAUGAAGGAGAGAAAGAAAAGGAAAUUCAUAUUGCCAAGGGAGGAAUAGGAUCAGAACAAGAAAUUAAGAAGAUAAUUAGAAGUUUCAGUGUCAAGAGCAAUGGCGAAAGAGGGCCGAUUGUUGUUGAAGGCUGGCCUUCUUGGCUCACUGCUGUUGCCGGCGAAGCCAUCGUUGGUUGGGUUCCUCGUAGAGCAGACUCUUUUCACAAAUUGGAUAAGAUUGGGCAAGGAACUUAUAGCAGUGUUUACCGAGCUCGUGAUCUCGAGACUAACAAAAUUGUUGCUUUGAAGAAAGUGAAAUUUGCUAAUAUGGAUCCUGAAAGUGUUCGUUUUAUGGCCAGAGAAAUUAUUCUUCUGCGAAAGCUUGAUCAUCCCAAUGUCAUGAAACUUGAAGGAAUUAUUACUUCAAGGCUUUCUGGUAGUUUGUACCUUAUUUUCGAAUAUAUGGAACAUGAUCUUACUGGCCUUGCAACAUUGCCUAGCAACAAGUUUACCGAAUCACAGAUCAAAUGUUAUAUGCAACAGCUUCUUCGCGGUCUUGAGCAUUGUCACAGUCGCGGUGUUAUGCACCGUGACAUCAAGGGCUCAAAUCUUCUGCUUGACAAUAAUGGCAAUCUGAAGAUUGGAGAUUUUGGACUUGCAACUUUGUUUCAGCCAUCUCGAGAGCAGCCUUUAACAAGUCGUGUAGUAACCUUGUGGUACCGGCCACCUGAACUUUUGCUUGGAGCUACAAACUAUGACGUUGCUGUGGAUUUGUGGAGUGCUGGUUGUAUUCUUGCAGAACUGUUAGCCGGAAAACCUAUAAUGCCUGGACGAACUGAGGUGGAGCAACUGCAUAAAAUCUUCAAACUUUGUGGAUCUCCUUCUGAAGAAUACUGGAAGAAGACAAAGCUACCACAUGCGACAAUUUUUAAACCUCAACAACCUUACAAACGUAUUGUUUCUGAGACAUUCAAGGAUUUUCCUUCAUCAGCACUGAGUCUCUUGGAGGUCCUACUUGCUAUUGAACCAAAAGAUCGAGGAACUGCAACUUCAGCACUUCAGAAUGAGUUCUUCACAUCAAAGCCACUUCCUUGUGAUCCAUCGACUUUGCCAAAGUACUCACCGAGUAAGGAGUUUGAUGCCAAACUUCGUGAAGAGGAAGCUAGAAGACGACGAGUAGCAAAUAAAGGACAUGGACAGGAAUUAUCUGGAAGGAGUUUUAAAGAGUCUAAGGUUGUACCAGCACCUGACGCUAAUGGUGAGCUUCAGGCUUCCAUAGAGAAGAGACGAGGGCAGUGUAAUUCAAAACGCAUCAGUGAGAAGUACAAUCCUGAAGAGGAAGGAAGUUAUGGCUUCCCUCUUGAACCUGCUAAGGCAGUAGCCCAUAAUACCUUAUCUCAUUCAGGCCAGUUAAUGCAUCCAGGUGCAUAUGGAUCGUCAUGCAAUAUGAAUUUGAAAGAGGAAAUUGUUCUUGCCGCCCCUGAUCGUGUCUUUACAUCAAAAAACUCUAAACUGAGAAAACAAAAUUCGUCCUGGCAAGGUAGCACUGCACAGUUGUCAAGAUUUUCUAAUUCAGUUGCAGUUCGAGGUGAUUCACAGCUUGAUAUGAGUAAAGACUGUAGUUUGAAUUCACAGUGGCAAGAAGAUCACUUUGAUUUGAGAUAUAGUCAUUUGACUGAUGGUGAGUCCAAUCAAAUGCUGGAUGAAACCAAAUAUUUACGCAAGAAAGACUUCCAUCUAUUGGGAAAGGAUCGCGCCAUGGGUAAUGCUCCCAAAAAUGGGCACAUAAACUAUUCUGGCCCCCUGCUGCUUCCAGAGGCUAAUUUUGAAGAGAUCCUUAAGGAGCAUGAAAGACAAAUCCAACAAGCUGUGCGCAAAGCUCGUCUGGUCAAGGACAAGAAUAAAAAGGCCGCGAGUGAGAUUGGGCAAUCUGAGACACUAGUUCACCAAAUGAGAUAUGGCAAGUCACAUAUCAAAGAGUUUUGAAACAUUUAAUUUGGAAUGAGGACACUUCAAGACAUGAUUGUGGGUAUAAUAAUGCCGAGAUAGACAUUUCUUUUGGAGACUUGUUAAAAUUUUGAUGCCGAGAGUCAGAUAUGAUGAUGACUAUAAGUAGUAAGGAUUCAAUGUAUUUCUACACAUACAAGGGACUGUACAGUAUAAAGAUCUAACCAACAAACUCGCAUAGAGAAAAUGAAAUUCAUGGGCAUUGAUUGUAUAAAGUUUUAUGGUUUAUUAAGUUAGCACACUAGUCACUUGUGAGGUCAUUUCCAUGGUAUUAUUACUUUGUACAUUUGUCAAAUUACAUUCAUUUAAUUUAUUUCAUUCAUUUAAUGUAUUGGAUAAUUGGUUAUUCAAA